AUGUACAACAGCAGGUCCCUGCAGGCCUUGUUUGUACCCUUUGCUCCUGUGUUCACCGCCAGAUCAUGUUGUCCCAAAACCUUGGCUGUAACUGCAUCAUACAUGGCUGCCGCAACAAUUAGAUUUAGAUGGGCACGCCGAGUCACCAUGGUAGGCCGGGGUAGAGACACUGUGCCAUGUAUUCGUAAGGAUGUGCGAUGCGCCGCCGCGGAUCACUUUCCGGAUGCUAGCAGUGUUUCUGGAAGUCUGGACGAUGGGGCGGGAGUAGCGAAAAGAUUGGGUGGAUUGUCGAACCGGAUCUCUGGUGUUUUGCAAAAGCGCUCGCCGGGUUCCAGCCUGCCGGGGAAGCAGAUGGCCACGGCGUAG